AUGGGUAAAAUGUCAGAGGCAACUAUUUUUAGUAGAUUAGAUGCAAAAAAAAGGUUUUAUCAAAUUUCUCUAAGUGAAGAGAGCUCUAAGUUAACAACUUUUAAUACUCCCUUAGGAAGAUAUUGUUUUUGUGAACUUCCGUUUGGACUGAAUGUGGCACCAGAGAUAUUUUACAAACAUUUUUCCCAAUUAUUAGAAGGUCUUAAUGGAGUGCAAGUAUACAUGGAUGAUAUCAUUGUUUUUGACAAAAAUGAGGAGGCGCACAGGACCAGGCUAAUGAAUGUUAUGUUUAGAUUAGCAAAAAAUAAUGUUAAAUUAAAUAUAGAAAAGUGUGAAUGGACAACUAGUAAAUUUAUUUUUAUUGGUCAUGAAUUUUCAAGUGAUGGUAUUAGGCCAGAUCCUGAUAAAGUGAAAGCUAUUAAAAAAAUGGCGCAACCAAAAUGCAAAAAAGACAUAGAAAGGUUUUUAGGAAUGUAUAAUUACAUAUCAAAAUUUAUACCUCAUGCAUCAGACAAAACAAAGCCGUUAAGAGAUUUUCUAAAACAAAGUUCUAGCUUUCAGUGGAGCUUAAAUGUGGAGAAUAUUUGGAAUAAAUUAAAGGAAGAUUUAAGUAGGGUUCCGGUUUUGCAAUAUUACAAUCCAAAUAAAGAAAUAAUGCUGUCUGUUGACGCUUCGUAG